CUGGCCGCUAUAAUGUCUCAGGGACAGGUCAGAGAGGGAGUUAGGAAGGGAGAUCAAAGAAGGGCACCCCUUGACAAAGACCAGUGCGCCUAUUGCAAAGCGAGAGGACAUUGGGCUCAUGACUGCCCAAAGAAACCUCGAGGGCCUGGAAAAACUAAGACAGGAACCACGGACCUCCUCAAUCUAAAAGAUUAGGGAGGUCAAGGCCAGGAGCCCCCCCCCUUGAGCCUAGGAUAACUCUCAAGAUCGGGGGGCAGCCAAUGACCUUCCUAAGGGACACCGGAGCUCAACAUUCAGUCCUGACCCACAUCGGAGGCUCUCUCAGUGACUGCACAGCUUUGGUCCAGGGGGCCACGGGUAGCAGGAGAUAGCGAUAGACCACCGAGAAAAAGGUUCAGCUGACAUCUGGACAGCUCAGCAUCAUACACUGUCCCGGGCACCGAAAGGAUGACUCUGUAAUAGCACGGGAAAAUCGGCUGGCCAAUCUGACGGCCUGGACAAUGGCCUUACAACCCCCAGGGGUGACAAGCUGCUGGUCAUGCAAGACUACCAACAGCCAAACAGGGACCCCAUGCUCUACAGCCCGGAGGACCAGGAACUAGCAAAGAAAAUGGGGGUGGAAUAGAGCCCCGAACGACAAGCUAACAUCAUAGAUGAAGGCCCGUCUGGCUGAUGAGGCCUCGAACACUGUAUUAUUAAAUCAGGAACAGGUCCUCCAACAGGUGACUUCCAGCUGCCCUGCUUGUGCCCAAGUCAACCCAGGAAAAACCCAUCUGAACAGAAGAAGCUGCCUGCGAGGCCACCGCCCCGGAGUCCAUUGGGAACUUGACUUCACUGAGGUAAAACCUGGGCUAUAUGGGUACAGAUACCUUCUGGUUUUUGUAGACACUUUUUCAGGAUGGACGGAGAAAGAGACUGCUACCAUGGUAACCCAGAAACUCCUGGAUGACAUCUUUCCCAGCCCUACCCUGGAGGCACACCUUCAAGCCCUCCAACUGGUACAAAAGACGGUGUGGAAACCCCUGGCAGAUGCCUACUGGGAGCAACUGAAUCGCCCGGUGAUGUCUCACCCAUUCAAGAUUAAAAACUCUGUCUGGGUCCACGUGUCAUAUAUGAAGGCCGUCAAAGAACCCGAUAAAGCUGAGAACACCAAGACAUCUACAUGGAAAGUUCAACGCUCCCCAAACCCACUAAAGAUAAGACUUAUACCUAUAGGUUCCCCUAAUUCCCCUAAUAGCCCUCCUAACAUUAGGAGGGGCAUCAUCAGAGUCCUGCUCAUUUUAUUUUUGGGGCCAUGUAUCUUCAAUAGAUUGAUACAAUUUGUCAAGAAUAGGAUUUCUGUUGUCCAGGCUUUGGUCCUAAUUCAGCAGUAUCAGAGGCUCCGAGAACCAGAGAUGGAGCUGACUCCUUAUUCUCCAUCCUAAAAUGAAAGAUUCCAUUUACGACAAAAGAAAAUGGG